CCGUUCUGACAGUUUACGCUUAGUUUUUUGUCUUUCCUGGCUAAACAGAAGCAUGUCGGAGACAGCUCCGGUUGCUCCUGCUGCUCCCGCACCUGCAGAGAAAACACCUGUUAAGAAGAAGACCAAAAAAUCCGGCGCGGCCGCUGGAAAACGUAAGGCGUCCGGGCCCCCGGUGUCCGAGCUCAUCACCAAGGCUGUCGCCGCCUCCAAGGAGCGCAGCGGCGUGUCUCUGGCUGCGCUCAAGAAGGCACUGGCGGCCGCCGGCUACGAUGUGGAGAAGAACAACAGCCGCAUCAAGCUAGGUCUGAAGAGCCUGGUGAGUAAGGGCACCCUGGUGCAGACCAAGGGCACUGGGGCUUCUGGCUCUUUCAAGCUCAACAAGAAAGCGGCCACCGGAGAGGCCAAGCCCAAGGCGAAAAAGGCGGGCGCGGCCAAGCCCAAGAAGGCUGCCGGGGCGGCUAAGAAACCCAAGAAAGCCACCGGUGCGGCCACUCCGAAGAAAGCUGCCAAGAAGACCCCGAAGAAAGCCAAGAAGCCGGCGGCAGGUGCUGGGGCCAAGAAAGUAGCCAAGAGCCCGAAGAAGGCGAAGGCCGCCAAACCGAAGAAGCCGACUAAGAGUCCGGCCAAGGCCAAAGCCCCCAAGCCUAAAGCAGCCAAACCUAAAGCUGCCAAACCCAAGGCUACAAAGGCCAAGAAGGCGGUCUCCAAGAAGAAGUAAAUCUUCAGUGGCACCUCCUGCUUUGAUAAAUCUCAAAGGCUCUUUUCAGAGCCACCCACUAAUUUCAGGUGAAAGAGCUUAACCGGACAUAUAUCCCUAGGUUUACCAACGAAUUUUGUAAUAAAGGUAGUUCUUUUUUUUUAAAUUUGCCGCUCUACUGUGAUUGGCCAGCUGCGUGUGCGUCCGGGUGCGCGCGCACCACAGGAUCUGCACCGUGAUGGUGGUCACCGUCCUCUUGGGCGAGCGCAGUGCCUCUGAAAAGCGCCACUUGUGACAGCGCUGGGCCUUAGCAGGGAUGUUGAGGAGGACGCUGCACUGUGAUGGGUGAACUGCUCAGUCGUCCGACUUUUUUGCGACCCCAUGGACUGUAGCCCACUAGGCUCCUCUGUCCUUGGGAUUUUCCAGGCAAGGAUCCUGGAGUGGAUUGCCAUUUCACUUUCCAGGGGAUCUUACCGACCCAGGGAUCGAACCUGUAUCUCCUGCAUUGUAGGCGGAUUUUUUACAGCUGAUCCACCGGAGGAGGCAACCCUAACAUUAAGGUAUAGUUAAAAAAAAAAAAAAAAAAGUGUAAAAGCCACUCCUGACAGUUUAUAAUUUACUCCUUUAUCAAAUUCGUUCCCUCUAAAAUGUUGAUAGGUCCCAGGGAGCCAUGGUUGGCAGUCUCAUAUCUUUUGGGGGAUAAGUAAUAAAUAGGGAGAGAGAAGUAAUUAAGCUUUGGGAAUCGCAAGGAGAAUGCUUAGAGAGCUCCUCGAGCCGCAGCAACCAGGGCAAAAUAAAUGGUUCUAGGAAGAUGGAUGUUUCGUUAUUUCCACUUUAUCCUGUUUUUAAUUUAAGGGGAACGCCACUGAUUUACUGAUGAAUCUUGAGAAAAAUGUCAGUUUUGUAGACCAUUAGGGGGUUGUAAACAUGGAUGGGGAAAAAUUACAUCUUAUAGCAAACUAAAUGCUGUUAAGCAUUUCCUUUCAGUAUGUCUGUAAGCACAGGCAGUUACAAUGGACUUGCAGACCUUAUUGAAUUUUUCAACAGUGGCUGUCACAGAUGUUUUUAUGUCACUUUGAUGGAGAUAUCUUGAAAUAAAGUUGACGUCAUUCUGAGUCCUUGAAACUGACAUUUGUUAUUCCACCUGUUGCUCCUUGUUAUUUGAUAUGACUAAUGAGGCACAUUAUAUGUACUUAAAUACAUUUAAAAAUUAUAUUUUAAUAUGCCUUUCUUAUUCUGUAUUGGUAUCCUAAAAGAUGAUAUUGAAAAGGUGUUUAUAGGUUUCCCCAGGGUGUCCAUAGAGUCUACCAUACAAGUCAUGAGUCCCUGAACAAAUUGUCAGUGGUUGAAAGGCUUCAUCUUAUUUAUUUGCUUAUAGCAUACCCCCCACCCCCAAACACACGCACACAUGCACUACACACACACCCCUUACUGGUUAAUAGUUUAUUCAAUUACAGUUUUUCAAUUUUAAAGAAAAAAAAUGUAUGUAGCCCGUGAUUAUCUUUCUAGCUUUUCUAAAUGAGAUUUUAUUUUUCAUCCAUUGCAGUUGCAUUCCAUACUUUAUUCUUUAUAGAAAGAGCCAAAAAUCCUGUCUCUUAGGAGAGUGGUUUGGUUGAAAAGGAUAUUUGGAUAAAUGGGAAUAUGUGAUAUGGUUACUCGAGUCUUUUUGAAUAUAAUACAUUGCACCAAGGGGGAAAGUUAAGAGGGAAGAGACCUGUGAGGUCUUUAUUACCAGAAUGAGUUUGGCUUUUGAUGAAGAAUGAUGAGGAAUAAGAAUUAUGUGGGAAUGUGACAUUCAAUAAGAGUGGUACUAUACAGUAUCUGUAGUUAAUUACAUUUAGAAAGCUCUCUGAUGUGUACCUCACUAUAAAGCUCUUGCAGUAGGUAUAGCUAAAGUCCUUGUUUUAUAUUAUUAUUAUUAAUGUGUACCGGGUGUCUUUUGGGAUCUUAGUUCCCCAACCAGGGAUUGAACCCAGCCUUUGCUGUGAAAGCACCAAGUCCCAACCACUGGACUACAAGGGAAUUCCCAAUGCUGUGUGUUUUACAGUUAUGAAAAUUGUGCCUUAGAAAGAUGAAAUGGCCUGCAUCGUCUUGUCAAUAAAUAGUGCACCUGAGUCUCACA